GGGACACGAGCAGGGGCUGGAGCGAGGACGUUGCUCCGGGCGCGCCUGAGGCGAAGCGCCCGCAGCCCCGGCCCUUGCGGGACUCUGCUGCCCGGUGCUCGUGCAAAGCACGGCCAGGCCAGGAAAAACCGCCCCUUGCAGGAGUGAUGUUCUAAAAACCCUGGGUUUUAGAGAAUUAAAUACACAGACGGGAUAGUUUACCUACAAAUUGCCAAGCUCGUUACUUUUCCUCUGCGUGAGAGGAUAUGCUUGAAAGUACUSCAGUAUUGAGUAGGCACGAGACAACUCCAAAGAGGUUUCUGGUGGGCUUGGAGCGAGCAUUCCUGCUCCUAAUGAAAGCGUUGAUACCUUCCUACUGGAGCAAGSAGUAUGGGUGCCUGCCCCGUGGUUGGAGGCGACGCUUCCCUCAUUAAAUGAUUCCUUGGUAAUUGCAGUCUGGAUGAACUCUGCAGGUUGCUGCCCUCAGCAACUCAAAUUGUGCAGGGACGGUGCGUGUCCGGUUUCUGGAUGUGACCACGGGACAAGCUUCUAGCAAUGAACAGCCUUACCAGAAGCCUUUGGAAACCGCUUAAGCGCGUCCAAGCGGCGUGGCGCAGAGCGAGCCCGGCCCGCGCUGCAGAGCAGCGUCCGCCGAGGCUGGUGCUGGGCAUCGAGACGAGCUGCGAUGACACGGGGGCCGCCGUGGUGGACGAGAGCGGCGCCGUGCGCGGAGAGGCGCUGCACUGCCAGAGGGAGGUCCACCUCAAAACAGGUGGGAUAAUUCCUCCGGUGGCACAGCAACUUCACAGGGAAAACAUUGAGCAAGUAGUAAAAGAAGCUCUCGAUGUCAGUGGAGUUUCUGUAAGUGAACUUGCUGCUAUUGCAACUACAGUGAAGCCGGGACUUGCCCUGUGUCUUCAGGUGGGACUGGAAUAUAGCUUAAAACUGGUGAACAAGUAUAAGAAGCCUUUCAUACCCAUUCAUCACAUGGAGGCUCAUGCACUAACCAUCAGACUAAUAAAUCAGGUGGAAUUCCCUUUCUUGGUUCUUCUGCUGUCUGGCGGCCACUGCAUUUUGGCAGUAGCACAAGGAGUUUCAGAUUUCCUUCUGCUUGGGCAGUCAAUAGAUAUAGCACCRGGUGACAUGUUGGACAAGGUAGCGAGAAGACUGUCCUUGAGCAAGCACCCGGAGUGCCAGGGCAUGGCAGGGGGGAAGGCCAUAGAGCACUUGGCUCGGACGGGGGACCGGCAGCGUCACACGUUCAGAGUUCCCAUGCAGCAUUAUCGCAACUGUGACUUUUCUUUCUCUGGGCUUCAGAAUCUUGUCAAUAAAGUAAUCGUAGAACAAGAAAAGGAAGAAGGUGUUCAGGAGGGAGAGCUGCUGUCUUGUGCUAAGGAUAUCGCUGCCGCUGCACAGCAUGCAGUGGCCGCUCAUAUUGUCAAGCGGACGCAUCGAGCCAUGCUCUUCUGCAUAAAACACAGCAUAAUAUCACCCCAAAAUGCAACUUUGGUCGUAUCAGGAGGAGUUGCAAGUAAUCAGUAUAUCCGAAAAGGGCUGCAGAUUGUGGCAGAUGCAAAUGGUUUCAGUUUUCUGUGUCCUCCUCCGAGACUGUGCACUGAUAACGGUGUUAUGAUUGCAUGGAAUGGCAUUGAAAGGCUACGUGCAGAACUUGGUAUUUUAAACUGUACCGAUGGUCUCCGCUAUGAAGCAACUGCUCCCCUGGGCAUUGAUAUCUCAAAAAGAGUUGAAGAAGCUUCAAUCAAGGUGCCAAGACUAAAAAUGAAGAUUUGAUGAUUGGCAUCAAACUGAGUGGUAACUAAAAUCUAACUACAAAUUCUUCAGUAAGAACUGUCUGAAUGCUGUUACAUUUACUGUUAAUACUUGGCUUGCAGUUGUUGGAAAUCACAUACCAUAAAAAUAAAUGCUGUGUAGUAUCAGCUAAAUGUUUCAAAUUACUGCUGUGUAGUAUCAGCUAAAUGUUUCAAAUUACUGUUUCACAAAUGGUA